AUGAGAAUAUGGCAGCAAAAUCUCAACAAAUCCCUCCCAGCACAGCUAGACCUUUUGCAUGCAGCCAACCCCAAUGACUAUGACAUCCUCCUACUACAAGAACCACACAUCAACCACCUGGGCAACACAAGAGCUAAUACGUAUUGGACAGUGGUUUACCCAGACCGGCAUCUAAGAGAUCCAAAGAAAACAAGAUCAGUAAUGCUCAUCAACAAAAAGAUACUGACAACCUCAUGGAUCCCAAUAGCCACCCAAUCCUCGGACAUAACAGUGAUUCAGAUACAUGGCGACUUCGGGACAGUCAGGAUUUUCAACAUCUACAACGACUGCCAGAAUGACAACUCACUAGAUUCAUUAGCAAAUCACCUCCAUACGCAGGAACACAGGGAACAUCCUGUGGCUCCUCUAUGGAUGGUAUGGGCUGGAGACUUCAAUAGGCAUCACCCGCUGUGGGAUGAGGAAAGAAACAACCAUCUGUUCACAACGUCAGCCCUAGAAAAGGGGCAAAAGUUGAUCGACUUACUUGCUGACCACUGGAUGGUAAUGGUACUUCCAAAGGACAUACCAACACUUGAAGCCUUGUCAACAAAGGACACAACACAGGUUGACAAUGUGUUCUGCAGCGAGGGCAUGGCAAAAGAUUUUGACAGGUGUGACAUGGAGCCAGAGUGGAGGCCAGUGUGCACCGACCACUUUCCAAUUAUGUCGACAAUCAACAUCCAAAUGCAGAGCAACAUGCCACGGCCAAGGCGAAACUUCAGGGAAACAGAUUGGGAGGAGUUCAGGCAGGAGCUGAAGAAGGGACUAGAAAAGAUUGAAAGACCGAGGGAGUUUAAGGAGGGUGAGGAAGAGGCAUUUGAGAGUGCGAGGAGAGAGCUGGAAAGGGUAGUAAUCGAGACAAUAGAGAAAGUGGUUCCAAUGACCAAUCCAACCCCAUACGCGAAGAGGUGGUGGACAAAGGACCUAACGAAAAUGAGAAAAGAGGUAUGGAAAAUGUCACAUAAAUCAUACCGGGCAUGUCACAACCAGGCAAAUCCUAUACACAAGCAGUACUGGCAGGUCCGGAAUGAGUAUUCGCAAUUGAUCAAGGACACAAAGAGGGACCAUUGGGAAGAGUGGUUGGAAGGACUGGAUGGAGAGGAGGUGUGGACAGCAAGUAGACUGGUGAAGGGACCAGGUGGGGAUGGAGGAAGGGUGAGGGUGCCGACUCUGGAGAUACGUGAUGGGGAAGCAGGCCAAGCAUGUACGGCCACAACAAACAAGGAAAAGGGUCAGCUCUUCUUUGAGACUUUCUUCCCAAAACGGUCAGUCGAGGUAGAGGCAGGAGGCGAGACAACAUACCCAAGGCCAAAAUGGAAAUACAAGCCAGUCACAAACGAGCAAGUCCACCGUGCAAUACAAAGGUUGAAACCGUACAAGGUGUCAAAGGAGGGAUCUGCACCAAACUCACUAUUUACAAACAACAGGAAGAUCCUCGUCCUAUACCUUGCACCUUUAUACCGAGCAACAGACACCUUUAAAAUCUACCCAGCCGCAUGGAAAGCAACAGAAACACCAGUCCUACGUAAACCUGGGAAAGGGAAUUACUCAGUCACUGGGGCAUACAGGCCGAUAGUCCUCACAGAUGGAUUUGCAAGGAUACUCAACAUGUGCAAGACGGAAGACCUUGCAAAAAUGGCCAAGCGUGAAGGCCUACUACCUGCAAAUCAUUUUGGAGGACGACCUGGACACGCGACUACCAACUCCAUACACCUGGUGGUCAAGACGAUAAAGGACGCCUGGAGGUUGCAUCAGUGCUAUGAGCUGCAGAAGAGAGGUGUGCCAAAGGAACAUGUGGAAUGGGUGAGGAGGAGAAACAAAGGACAUACCACCACGCUGGUCUUCGACGACUACCAAUCAGACCCCUUUGAAGUCGAGGAUGGACUGGAUCAGGGCGAUCCAAAGUCUCUCAUCCUCUACAAUGCCAACAUACUGCUGAUACCGGUGCGCCAAAAUGGAGAGUGGGCAUUCAUCUUUGUGGACGACGUGGCUCUGGUGGCAACAGGAAAGGAUUUUGAGGAGACACACAAGAAGCUGAAAGAGAUGAUGGAGAGAGAUGAAGGGGUGUUAGAGUGGGCAACAAAGCACAACUGCACCUUCGGAAUAGAGAAAUUUCAGCUUCUUGAUGCUGGGAGAAAGAAGGUUGAGAACCCACUCGGAGUAAGGAAGAAGGUUCCGAUGCCAUGCCCAACUCUGGUCAUUCGGGGUCAAAGAAUCAAGCCCUCUACCCACAUCAAGUUCCUUGGAGUUAAUAUUGAUCAGGAAUUGCAAUGGAAAGAACAAGGAGUGGCGGUGAUAGCAAAGGGAUCGGAUUGGCUAGCACAAUUCCAGAGGAUAGCCAAACCAGCAGGAGGUGUCUCGUUCAAGCACAUGAGACAACUAUACCUGAGUGUUGCAAUCCCAAGAAUCCUAUACACAGCGGAUAUCUUCAUGACACCGGGACGGGUGAAUGGUGGAAGCAGACGGAAGGGAGGAGGAAUUAUGAGAGCAAAACUGACAUCAAUCCAAGGACAGAUCGCGAACAUGAUAGUUGGUGGUAUGCGCUCAUCACCACACGACACAGCAGAAGCAUAUACAGACCUGAUGCCAUUUCAUUUGAUGGUGGAUAAAGUCAGAUUCAUGGCAGCUCUGCGACUAGCCACACUACCAGCAACGCAUCCGUUGCACACGGCAGUCAAAUCAGCAGCAAAAAGAAAGGUCAAGAGACACACGACCCCCUUGCAUGACCUAAUGCAUAUGUACAAGCUGCAACCAGAACUCAUGGAAAAGAUUAAGGGAGUUCAACAAGGCCCAAAGUGGGCCCCCCAAGUCAGAAUUCAGAUUGCCAGGAGCAAGGAGAGAGCAGAGGAGGAGGAGAGGAAGAGAGCAGAUGAUGACAUCAGAAUCUACACAGAUGGGUCAGGGUACGAGGGACGGAUAGGCGGGGCGGCAGUGUUGUAUCGAGGAGGAGUGGUCAAAAGAACUCUCUGGCACAGACUCGGCAAGGAGACAGCACACACAGUCUAUGAGGGGGAAGGAGUGGGGCUAAUCCUAGCCAUGGAGCUCAUCCGGAAGGAACAGCGAAGGAUACGUGCAGUUACAGUUGGAGUUGACAGCCAAGCAGCAAUCCAGGCAAUCCCGAGCACAAAGCUGAAACCAGGGCACUACCUAUGGGACAUCUUCCAUGAGCAAAUCGACCAAGUACGGAAAAUUCAUAACGACAUAAAAAUAACUGUGCGAUGGACCCCCGGACAUAUCGGGAUCGAAGGGAAUGAGCGAGCAGACGGCGAGGCAAAGAAAGGAGCUACAGAUGGAUCAAGCCCAAAGAUGCAGCUCCCUAUAGCCCUCAGGAAGAAACUACCCACCAGCAAGGCAGCCGUGAAGCAACACUACAUCAUGAGGCUGAAGCUGAAGGCAGUCCAGAAGUGGAAACAGACCAAGAGAUAUGCAAGGUUGCAAAGAUUUGAUGAGGAAAUGCCAGCGAAAGCAUACCAAAAGCUAACUAGGCAGCUCAGACGAAAACAAGCCACCAUCAUGUACCAACUCAGGACUGGGCAUGCACCACUAGCAAAGCACCUCCACCAGAUAGGGAAAGCAGACAGCCCAAUAUGUCCGAAUUGCGGAGAGCAUGACAAAACAGUUGAGCACUAUCUUUUACGCUGCUCCAAACAUCGCAGAACUCGGGAAGCCAUGAUGAGAAGAGCAGGACUAGCAGCCAGCUCGUUAGAAGCACUCCUCACCGAACGGAAACUCCUGCCACACUUGUUCAGCUACAUCGAAGCAACCGGAAGACUGCGGGCAGUCUUCGGACGGAUUCUGAAGAACCAAUUGGACUGA